GCGGCCUACGCGGCGGAGGUCGCCGCGGCGGCGGUGGGGGCGGCGGUGCGAGCUGCGCUGGGCGCGAGGCCAGUGCGCAGCCCACCGCGCCGCAAGGAGGCGGAGCAGGCGGCAAUCCCUCCCAAGGCCAGGCCGACCCGCAGGCUCUCGGCCAUCGCGGACGACGCGAAGGUGGAGUCGCAGGCCAGGCCGCCGCCUCUGCGCCCGCCCCAGGCGCCGCGGCCAUCGCAGGCACCGCGCCUCGCGAUCUUGGACGCGCCGCCAGGCGUGUGGGAUUCCAUGCCCUGCCCGCAGGAGGAGGUGAAGGAGACGACGGUGAUGCGGAGCUCUGCGGCUGCUGGACGGCCGCCCGUGGAGUGGCUUGGCGCCAGGCCCAUGGCAGCCUCGGGCGACAGCCACCCGCAGGAGCAGGAAAAGGGCAUGAAGGAGAUGAAGGUGAAGAAGGAGAAGAAGAGCAAGAAGGACAAGGAGUCGAGAGGUGGCGUGAUCGACUUGCUGGGUGGCGAGGCCAAGGUGGUCCCCAACGCCCCGAGAGGGGACUCGCUGGAGGUCGGCCUCACAGGCUCCGUGGAGUUCUUCGAGCUUUCGGACGAGGUGGACGAGGAGAACGCGAAGUCGGAAGACGCCCUGGACGAGUGGUACUCGAAGGACGUCGACCUGGUGCAGGACGAAGGGGACGCCGAGCUCGGCGCGCGGCUGGAGGAGCAGCUGGGCAUGCACUCGGACGAGGAGAAGCUGGCGAAGAGCGUGGGCGACCCUUCGAUGUUGGGCGUGCCGGCCUAUCGUCCAACGUGCACCGGAAACGCUUCCCCGGAGCCCGUUGGCGGCUGGAUCGGGAAGGCCGCGAAGCUGCCCGCGGUGCCGCCCUUUCCCUUGCUGGUGGAGGACAAGUGGCAGCGCCUCUACUCGGAGAACGCGGCGGUUUACGCCAAGAUGGAGCGCGUCCUGGCGGGACGACGGCUCGCCAACGACAUCAUGAUGGGGAUCAUCCGCGAGAAGGGCACGAAGGAAGUGUUCUUGGAGGAGGUGGAGUUCCCAACGGGCACGGCGAAGAAGAAGCUGAAGAAGGAGGUGGUGCUCGAGCACGCUCUCGAGAACCUGAGGAUCACGGGCGAGCUCGUGGCCCUCGAGGAGGCGGCGGGGCAGCACGGGCAAGACGAGGAGUUCUUGGCUCUGCUCCGCGACGUCAUCAGCUACUGGGAGUUCAUGGUGAAGAAGAUGGAGGACUGCUGA